UCGCAUUCCCAAUUCCAUAAACAAAAAGACAACUUUUUAAUAUCUUCAAUCAACUGUUUGGCAAAGCAAGAAAUAAUGUCUGCGAAUUCGUUAUUUGGAUCGAUUCCAGCUAAUCCACUUCAGACUAGUACCACAACUCAACCCGUCGAUGUCAUUCCUACCAGACAACUCGACUUGAAAAGCAUUCCUCCCGUUUUCUUUGUGGGUCCACAAAAAAAGGAGAAAACCGUACUUUUUGAGCCUCAAUUUAGUAGCGACACUGGAUCCGUAGUUGGUUACGGUGAUAGAAGACUCUCUGGUAUUCUUGCGCAGACUACAGAAGAGGAAGAAGAAAAGGAAGAGCCAAUUCAAUUGCCCGCCAAAAGAGUAAAUGUUGAUCAAGUGGACCCUAACCGUGGUAUUUUCGGUGAUAAACGUCGAGCAAAACCGAUCCAAAAGGAAACACCCGUGAAUGAAGUGAAAAUAGACAGCGCUGUUCCAGAUGUGAGUGUAUUGCAACCCUCCAAGACAAUAAGAGUUUUCGGAUAUCCCGUCAAUUUAAUACAUAAUGUGAUUCAACAUUUCGGGACUUAUGGAAAGAUUGAAAAGUACUAUGAAUCCUCUGGAAAUUGGAUGAACAUCACAUAUGACAAUAGUACAAAUGCAUUGGCAGCAUUAAAGGCUAACGGUAUCAUUAUUUCCAACAGUCAUAUGAUUGGUGUUUCAUUAGAGAAGGAAGAACCCAUCGUGAUCAAAGAUAUUGUGCCUAUAGAAGAAACUGAAGGCGUAUUUAAGACUAUUCAUGGUUUAGGAACUGGAAAAAUCGGUCAUAGUGCAGUGGACAGUAAAAAUACAGUAGAAAGUACUAGUGGAGGUAUCAUGUCCAAGUUAAAAGACGCAUUACUUGGCUGGUAACCAUUAAGACCAUUAAGAGUUUUAAAAAAUUGCAUGAAUAAAAAAAAAAAAUUUAAAAAAAAAAA